AGUAACAUUCUUUUCCGCCUUCAGAAGGUAGCCGUUAAGCUUUCCCUCGCAAUUCAAAUCUCAUUCUUUCCUUUGUAUGGAGAAUGAAGAUAGACACAGGUAAAGAAAGGAUAGCUUUAUGCAAGCCAGAAAAGCCAUUCUUUUCUGAGUACUUCUACAUAUGUUUGUAUAUAUAUUCUCUCAUUUGGAACUCUUCUUCCCAAAUCCCAAGGCAAAUUCUUGUUGAGAAAUAACAUAAACCCAGAAAAGCAGAAACCCAAAACGACCAACCCCACAAGAAAUACGGACCAUGUCUUUGAGCCCACCUAGGACAAGAACAAAUGACACGACCACAAGAACCUACCAGCCAUAUUGGUGCUACCAGUGCCAUCGAAGGGUCAGGAUUGCUGCGUCAGACCCAUCAGAAAUCAUCUGUCCUCGAUGUUCCGGGCAGUUCCUUUGCGAGGUUGAGAUGAACAGACCGAGAUUAGUUGUUGAUUUCACUGCUUUUGAUCCCUCGCCUGUAGUCCGCUCACUUGAAGCGCUGUCUCUUAUGCUUGACCGGCCAAUUAGAAGGUUUAAUUAUUUCGGUUUUGAUGAUAAUCUGGAAUCCCAAUAUCGUGGACGGUACUGGUUUCGGAGACGAAAUCAAUGGGACCCUGAUCCUGAAACCCGUCCCUGGAGGCUUCGAAAUCAGAAUUUAGAUGGGAGAGUGCACUCGGAAGAUGUACCUGGACUCCCAUCUAGACCAAUAACCGAACCAAAUUUGCCACCUGAAAACCCGAUGCGCCCCAUGGUUAGCCUGAGGGACUACUUUUUCGGCCAAGUCCUAAACGAGCUGAUCGAACGAGUGACCCAAAAUGACCGACCAGGUCCGCCGCCGGCAUCCGAAUCAGUUAUCAACGCAAUAUCAACGGUGAAGGUCACAGGAAGUCAUUUGGUGAAUGAAUCGCAUUGUCCAGUCUGCAAGGAAGAUUUCAAAGUUGGAGAGGAGGCAAAGGAGCUACCUUGCAAACACAUAUACCAUAAUGAUUGUAUUGUGCCAUGGUUAAGGUUACACAACUCUUGCCCAGUCUGUAGGAAAGAGUUGCCGCCUGUGCCUGAAAAUAGCACUCCUACACAUGAUGAUCAUCGUGAACAUGUUGAUCAUCGUGAACGCGAGCAUGUAGAUGCCAGGAAUGGAAGGUACCUGACGUUGAUGAGGCAAUUGGGAAACUUGUGGCCAGAUCGUCCAAGGUAUUGAGGAAUCUGUCCUCAUGGAGAGCAUCAUGGUGCUUUUCAUGGACGCGAGAUUUGAUCAAUACUUGUUGAAGAUUCUAUCUUUACAGCAAUAUUUAAAGAUUAUAUAUAGUAUCUGAUUAUUUAAAGAAUGAAUUCAAUUCAUUCUUGUA